AUGCGCUUCUUAUCCGUAGCCGGCGCGGCUCUCUUCUCCGCAACCGCCUUUGCGCAGACGUUCCAGCGUCUGGGUGGAUGUCCGACGCUGGGCUGCGUGUUCCCCCCCGAUCGGGCGGAGUUCCUUCCAGGGCAGUACUUUGAUAUCCGUUUGGAGGUGCACUCGCCUGUGAAUGGCUCCGAGGCGCGGUCCGGCGAUCCAGACCCAAACUUCACCUUCACCAUCGCCCGGAAGGGUCGUAAGUCCAAGCCGCAGAAAGCCACGGACUUCUUCAGAGUUUCAGAACCAAAGCUGGAGACUUGGAGCUUUAAAUGGUAUGAAGAUCUGUUUGCGGAGGAUGCCAAAAAGCCGUCAGUGGUGCGCGUCACUGCUAAAGCCUUCCGAAGGGUCGCAUUGUACGAGCCUGGAGAGUAUGAAGCUACGUUGUGCUAUUACAACGGCAAGACGACCACUGCCACUUGGACCGUGAGAGACCUGUCCCUUUUCCGAAGGACAAAGAACGUCAUCAUGUUCAUUGGUGACGGAAUGACUACCAAUAUGAUCACGGCUGCACGCCUGAUUGCCCAUAAGUCGGUCAAUGGGAAGUAUAAGACCAAAAUGCAAAUGGACCAAUUCCCCGUUCUCGGUCACCAGAUGACCCAUUCCAUGGACUCCUUCAUUACUGAUUCUGCCAAUUCUGCCACCGCUUUGUACACUGGCCAAAAGACCACCGUCAACGCGCUUGGUGUCUACGUUGAUUCAUCCAAGGAUCCCUUUGAUGACCCAAAGGUGGAGUCUGUGACAGAAAUGUUUCAUCGCAUUCAUCCCCGUGGUGCUAUCGGUAUUGUUUCUACCGCCCAUUUAGCUGAUGCUACACCUGCCGGUUUGACUGCUCACACUCGUGAUCGAGGGCAGGCCGAGCACGUGAUUGACACUUAUUAUCAUGGGUUGACCAACUACACCUGGACUAAAUGGGAUGGCCCAGAUGUUCUUUUUGGUGGUGGUGCUGAGAACUUCCUCCCUGGAGCAAAAUCGUACAAGGGCCAGGAUUACUACAAACUUUUCAAAGAAAAAAACUACAGUGUCAGUAUGAACGCUACUACCCUUGCUCAAGCCCCAAACAACACCAAGGCUCUGGGGGUUUUCACUGUUGGUGUUAUGCAGACAUGGCUUGAUCGCAAUGUGUAUAAGAAAAACUUGAAGAGCCAACGUAACAGCCCAGACGGCUCUGGCCAAGACGCUCUGGACCAGCCGGGCCUUAAGGAAAUGACCCUAAAAUCAGUCGAUAUCCUUCACACACGUUCUAAUAAGAGCAAGGAUGGAUGGUUCCUCAUGUCCGAGGCCGCCAGUAUCGAUAAGCAGAUGCACUCCUUGGACUACGACCGCGCACUUGGCGAACUUCUUGAAUUUGAUGACACCAUCAAAGCUACCAUCGAGAAACUCCGUGCCAUGGGUGAACUCGAAAAUACUCUUAUCGUUGUCACUGCUGACCAUGGCCAUGGAUUUGAUGUUACUGGUGGUGUCGAUACCAAAUAUCUUGACGCACAAGACACUGACCGCAAGAAGCGCAAUGCCAUUGGAACUUACGAGAAGUCCGGUUUGUCGCAAUAUACUGUUCAAACCAACACCUCCCUCAAAUAUUCCGAGGGCGUUCACUUCCCUGCCCAGUGGGACCCAAGAUUUACCCUCCACUCGGGCGUUGUCGCAAAUCCUGACCGCCGAGAAAAUUAUCAAGUCCACAAAGAUGGAUCAAGACAGGCGGUCUCUGAGCUUGUCAAGGGCUCGGGUGACUACUACGUGAACUACAAGGAUGCCGUUUCGGGCUUUGUUAUUAACGGCACUUUGCCAGUAGGCGAUAGGUCAGGUGUUCAUUCGCUGACCGAUGUGCCAGUCUUUGCCAUGGGUCCAUGCCAGGAGAAAUUCGGCGGAGUCUACGACUCAGGUGAAAUCUUCUUCCGCAUCGCUGAAUGUCUCGGUAUGGGCCGACCAAAAGGCCUCGAGCAUGUUUGA